UCCAUCAAAGGUUGCAGAAUAGAUGAGAACCACUUCGACUUAGAAAAGUAUAGCACAUUUUAUUGCAAACAAGAUGUAAGAAUUUUAAGAGAAGGUUUUGUUAAGUUCCGCAAUGACAUAUUGAAAGAGUUUGAUUUAAACGUUUAUGACUACGUUAGUAUUUGUUCUAUUGCUAACAAAUUGUUUGAGAACAGAGUGUACUUCCCGAAUGGAAAUUUAUAUGACCUCUCAAAUAAACCAAGAGAAUUUAUUUCACGCUGCAUUCAAGGUGGAAGAUGUAUGCUGUCAGAUAACAUUAAACAAAAGAGCGAAAAGAAACUCAUUGCUGACUUCGACGCUGUUUCAUUAUAUCCAUCCGCUAUAGCAAGACUUUAUACUUUAGAAGGUAUUCCAAAGGUUAUGAAGAAAGAAAUGUUAAGCACAGAGUAUCUCAUGAGACAUUUAUUCGAUGACGACCAAAAGGAACCCAUUGGUGAAAAGUUUGUGUCUGGCUUCUUUGUUCUCAUUAAGAUAACAGAGAUUUGA